GGCGGUGUUUGUGCGUCCGUCCGGCUGCAACAGGAAAUCCAACACCGUGGCAAGGGGGACAAAGUGCUGCGCUCUCCCCUCCUGCCGCGCAGGGUAUAAAACCUCCCGGGGGGCCGCAACCUGCAGAUCCCUGCCGCAGGCGAGGGGGCUCAUCUCCCUGCAGCCCUGGGCCACUGCCGUGCCCUGGCAUCAUGGCCACGGGCGAGCUGACCGAGCUGGAGAUGGCCAUUGAGAAGAUUGUCACCAUCUUUUUCACCUACGCGGGGAAGGAGGGCAAGAAGGGCACGCUGACAGUCAACGAGUUCAAGGAGUUGGUCCAGCUCCAGCUGCCCAACCUGAUGAAGGACGUCCCCUCCCUGGAGGAGAAGAUGAGCGAGCUGGAUGUGAACAAUGAUGAGGAGCUGAAAUUUGGCGAGUACUGGCGGCUGAUCGGGGAGCUGGCAAAGGCCAUGCGGAGGGAGAAAGCAGGGAAGAAGUGACGGGGCUGGUGGGGACGCUCAGCUGCUGUGGAGCUAAUAAAAGAGGUUUCCCUGA